AUGACCACCUCCACCUCCGGCGCGCCCAAGCCCCCAAGCUUCAAGCGCUCCUCGCCCAGGAAGAAGUCGCGGCUCAGAAGCCGCCGCGUCGCCGCCGGUGGCGGAGAGGCCGAGGCCGAGGCGGCGGUGAGCCCGGCGUUGACGAGGGCACUGCUUCCUGCAUCGGUGGAGUUGGACGCGGUGCCGCCGCCUGUUGGGCGUACAUUGCCGCGAGACUUCUUCGAGGUGGAUGCCCUCGACCUCGCCCCCCGCCUCCUCGGCAAGUUGCUGCAGCGCGACGAGGUCGUCCUCCGCAUCACCGAGGUGGAGGCCUACAGGCCAAAUGAUUCCGCAUGCCAUGGCCGGUUCGGCAUCACAGCAAGGACUGCUCCAGUGUUUGGACCCGGAGGCCAUGCAUAUGUGUAUCUGUGCUAUGGACUCCACAUGAUGCUCAAUGUUGUUGCCGAUAUAGAGGGGGUUGGUGCUGCUGUUUUGAUCCGGUCAUGUUCUCCAGUUAGCGGUCUAGAAACUAUUCAGCGACGCCGAGGUCAACAAACCGAGAAACCAAUCCUACUUACAGGACCAGGCAAGGUUGGACAAGCUCUGGGCCUAUCCACUGAUUGGUCGAACCAUCCUCUCUACACACCUGGUAUGCUCGACUGA